AUGCCUGGGCACGACUUGCAGCCAUUGGUCAUUCAAAAACUGGACAAGGCAAACUCAUCCGCAGUCCGUAUCGAAUGGGAGUUUCCGGUAUCCUCUGCGAAGUGGCAAUUUGCGUAUGUCCAAUCCAACAUCAACAAUGAGCGAAUCGACCCCCAAGUACCAGGAUCACUAAAGAACUAUGCUAAAGCCAUAGCAUUCCUUCAGUGGUUAACCGAUGCUCGACCAAACCACAAUCAUGCUUGGAUUCCCAAGACUCAAGGAGCAGCACUUGUCGUACAGACCGAGUAA